UCAUAAACAGACGCACACGCAGCACAGACAAGCGGUUUAUAAAGCACCUUACAGCGUGUACUAGCCGUAAAGGAACUUCGAAGAGGAGCUCUAGCCGUCAAGCUACAGAUUUAAACUACUGAAGAUAGAAAAUGGACUUGAAAAUAACAUUUUUGACUGGAAAGUCAAUUCUCCUUACAGUAAACCCAUCAACUACAGUGAAAGAGUUAAAGCAGAAAAUUGCACAACAGACAGAGCAUAAAGCCGAACAUCUGAAGCUUGCAGUUGUAAAUGGACAGAUGCUUGAACUCGUAAUGGAUCACUGGAGUCUCACUCAGUACAAGGUGCAGUCUGGGAACACCGUGACAGUUCUCAUCAGAGAGUCCAUACAGGUGUUUCUGAAGAAUGACAAAGGCAAGCUAAACCCAUACGAGAUCAAACAUGAUGAAACUGUCAAAGAGUUCAAACAAAAAGUACAUCAUAAAGAGGGGAUCCCACCAAAUCAGCAGAGACUCUUUUAUGAAGAUCAACUGCUGGAAGACAGCAGAAAAAUGGAAGAGUAUCGUAUCAAAGUACAUGCCACCAUUAUUCUCCGCCUUCAGCUUGUAGGAGGCUAACGCUGUUCAUAAUACAAGCACUGAUCAAUGAUAACCUUGAUGGCUUUACUGUUUUUGUACUGGACUGGGGUUGGGAGAAAAAUACAAAUAUCUACCUACUGUUGAGUACUUUUGCUCACAAUAUAUGAAAAUACCUUAUGUUUUAGAGACAAUUGUUCAUUUUGAUUUAUUUUUUUUUUUAUAAUUGUGACACUGACAUGUGCAAGGCUGAGUGGUGGCUCUCAGGCUAAGGAUCUGCUCUGGUAUCGUGAAGGGUGCCAGUUUGAAUCUCUGCCACUGCCAAAAGAGAUCCUACUCUGCUGGGCUCUUCAGCAAGGCCCUUAACCUUCAACUGCUCCAGAAGUGCUGUACAAUGGCUGACCCUGCGCUCUGACACUAAGGGGCAUGCGAAAACCAUGUAAUUUCCUUUGAGAUUAAGAGAGUUAAAAUUAUUUAUAUACAGUAUACUAAAUAAUUGCAUUUUAAAGGCAACCUGUUUUAGGUCUUGCUGCUGAACAGUUUUGAUGCAGUCAGGCUAUGUUAUUACUUAUUUUAUUGUAUGCUACUGUAAAUGUUGUUCUUGGUUGGAUAGCUGUAUCUCUAAAAAACAUUAUUCAGCUCAAUAAAAGUACUGUUUAUUUUAAUGUCCACUUAAAUUUGAGGAAAUUUCA